CGUGCCACAAUCCCCAGCUACAACCACUAUUCCUAGCAUUCGUGAGGGGUUCCUGUGACAGGACGAUUAUAACGAGCGGCUCGAACCAAUUUCGGGAGUGCAUUUUUUCAUAAGGUCAGCGGUGUCUCGUGUGCGAAGCAGGCCCGUCGUCGCCAUCGCGACGCAUCAUGGUGACGUCACCCGAGUCUGCGAACAGCGUCCCUGCCGCGCCCGUCUCCGAAGGCGAUAAUCGUGGCGAGGACCGCGCGCUGCCGUCAGUUCCUUCUGUUGCAACAAUGGUUACUGCUUCGUGCAGUACGCCACUGACGCCGCUGCGCUCCGAGCCGCCGCCGAACCGGACCGCAUACUGGCACGUCGCAUUUGAGCAUGACCAAUCCCUACUCCCACUCAUCCCUUCCUUCUGUCGUUUCCUCAUGCGGACAACAACAUUGUAAGCACUCUUGACAGCAGAGCCGCUGAAGUGAAACAAGUCAGCUGAUGAGGGUGCGUGAGGGGGGUGAAUGAAGAUAAGGUAUGGCCCUGUGUACAGAGGUGAGUACGUCUAGUGGAACAGCCUGGAAGGGCAUGCGGUGAUGUUCCUUGCUAUGCCAUCUCGCAUGUCAGAUGUGUGUGCGUUAGAACCAUCACUUGUUGAAUUGCCCCGCUCAUUAACAAUGUCUCUGAUUUCCAGACGUCCCUGUUCGUUCUCCUUGUCUAGUGUUGAGACUAUUGAGAGAGCAUGCGUCCUGUACAUUGGUCGCGCCCGCUGCACUUCCUAUCCCCUGCACUCUCCCUUCAUUGUGCUGCUUCCCAAGCAUGGGAGAGGUGGUGUGGUGAGGCGGAAGACAUCGCUGCCCAGGGGUGUGCUUUGACUACCUGCAGCUGGGCGGGGUGUGCUCCGAGGACCCCAUCUCGCUAAGUAUCUUCUCUUCCUGCAGCACUGGCCCUUCGUUACCAUCGUGGAGCCAUGAUGGCUACGGCACCAGAGGAUGUGAACCUCAUUCCUCCAGCCACGCACGCCGAAGGCGAUAAUCGUGCCAAAGACUACGCGCACGUGCGCCUGCCGCGGGACGCCGCCACGGGGCGCAACAAGGGCUACUGCUUCGUGCACUACGCCUCCGACGCCGCUGCGCGCCGAGCGGCCGCCCAACUGGACCGGCAUGCUGGUGCGCGCUGGACGUGCGCCACAGCAUGGUAGUUGGGAACAGUGCGGUCAGCCUUACGUUUCAACAUUAUGAGUAUUCUGGUCAUUCAGAUGCUGAAACUUCCGUGUUUAUUAGUGCCUCGCGGUCCUCAAAGGUGGGUUCCACUUUCAAGUUUUAAGCAGUAAGUAAUUUCGCACACCCUCAUGCAGUCAGUUAACUUCUCUGACAACCUGGGUUGACGCAGGUAGAAGCAACAAGGUUACUUCCACCCAAAGGUAACAGUAAACUACGCUUGCGACCAGGCCCCUAGAUUGCAGGAAAAUUUUCCUGAUUCAGGAAAAAAACAGAGUUGUUGCUGGUACCAGUCCUGAUUGUCCAGGAUUUUUCGAAAGGCAUUUCCUGUUUUUUCAGCAUUUUUUGGGGGGUUUGUGCCUUAGAGGGUACAACACACUAGUCUAUAUUGCCCUGUAUCUUCCUAUUCUAGUCAUUCUCU